AUGGCUGACAUAAUUCAGGUUGACAUUUAUGAGUAUCUUGGGAUCUCUUUCGAGAGUUCUGCAAAAGAGAUAAAGAGAGCAUACAAAAAUAAGGCAAAGGAGCUUCAUCCUGACAAAAACAAAAGCGACCCACAAGCAAAGGAAAAAUUUCAGAAACUUAAGGAGUAUUACGACAUUCUCCAGGAUCCGAAACUUAAGAUUGCCGCUGCUGAAAGGCAUGCUCAACUCGAUGGGGAGCGACGUCGUCUAAAGGAAGCUCUCGAGGCGAAGGAGAGAGAAGCCGCAGCGCGACGUAAAGAAGUUGAUAUAAUGGUCCAAAACGAAAAGACUGCUCAACGAAUUAGAAAGGAAUGGGAGGAUUACAAGGAGGCUACCGUCUAUGCCAAUCGAGAUGCGCGCUUUGAGAUCAAAAAAUCUACGAGGUUUGGUGGUCAUGUUGUUGUUAGUGUAAGGCCAUUCAACUGA